AUGCCUUACAACAACACCCCAAUCGCUCCAACACAGGAGAUCACCGGCACAGUGUCUCUUCCAUUGGCCCGCGUGAAGAAAAUCAUCAAUACCGAUCCCGACAUUGGCAGUUGUAGUAACAAUGCCGCCUUCGUCAUCACACUCGCAACCGAGAUGUUCCUCCAGCAUCUGGUAGAGCAAGCCUACAACCAGGUCAAGACAGAGCAUACGCAAAAGCCGAGGCGUAAUAUCCAAUAUCGCGAUGUCGCCAACGCUGUUGCGCGCGUCGAGAACCUCGAAUUCCUAUCAGACGUCGUACCUCGAACCCAGACCUACAAGCAGUUCAAGCAAAAGCAAGCA